AUGUCACAAGAAUCAACUGGCCGAAAGAGGACACCUAAGUCGACAUCUAAGCCGACUUCCAAUAAAAAAAGGGCCGCUUCUAAGCAAAAAAAUGAUAAGCUUCCUGAUUUCCUAGAUUAUGAUCAUGUCCUGGGCGAAAGAAACCUGGAUCAUGCAGCCAUUGAGCGGGACUACUUUGACAAUAAGAACAAAGUUUCUAGACAGGCCUCUCAAUCGGAAAGGUGUGAUUCUGAUUCCGAUGAUAGGCGGCAAUUUGCCGCAUUAAAGAACACUAUUGCCGACAGCAGGGAAAAGCGACGGAAGGAGCAAGAAGAGAAGGAAAGGAAGAGGAGAACGAAUAUUACAAAAAACGAUAGAGACAGUGUUGAAGACAUGCUUAGAUUACCGAAAUAUGGUUGGGGAGUACCAAGGGAAAUUGAAAGAAUAAAGAAGUCUAGAGGCGCAGGUAGUGCUAGUCAACUUUCGUGUAAAAAAUACCAUACAGAGGAGAUUGGUGGGUUGGUUGGGAGUAGAGAUGAUGCGCAAAAACAUGGCGGGGACGAGUUCGUGUCAUUCAACAGUGAUCAUAAAGCCAAUUGA